AUGCUCGUCAAUGAACGGCCAGAAGGAAGUACCCAAGCAGCAUCCAGACGAAUUACCAAACAUCCAAGAAGCAACAAAUUGCCCACUCACAUCGGACCAGAGACUACGGCUACUCAGGAGGAGAACAGAAUGAAAAGUUCCCCGCGAGAUUCACGCACUUUAAGGCCCAAGUUUGCUAGUAGUCUCAUGCCCACCUUCACAUUGGUCAGCUCCGAUGAGCCGGAUUCAAGGAAAAACUCAUCCGUUGAGUCCAAUCCAAUGAGUGAUGUCACCGAGCCACCGAAUACUCCAAGUGAUUGUGCGAAAUUUGAUAAGAACUGCGACUGCUGCCACUGCUCGCAUAUGCGGCAGGCUGAGAAGCAAGCCGAAUAUCUCAAAUCCCCUGAGGGACAACGUAGACAACAGAUGAAACUAAUGGCCAAGAGUUUCUUUAUGGAUCUGUGUGCCAUGUCGCAAAUGAGGAAACAGAUACUCAAUGAAAUGCAUGGCACCAAACAGAAGCAUCCCUCCUCUCGCGUCUCGUAUCCCGUGAGUCUAACCAAAGCGUCCAUUUUGGAUUCCAAUUCCUUGGCCAUCAAAUGGUUCGUUCAUGACCAUUCGGAUAUCGAUUACUAUGCCAUCUAUGUGGACAAUAAAUUGGCCAAACGCGUCUAUAAUGUCAAAUCCAAGGGGACCAUACUCAUCGAUCUGAAUCCCCAUCAAAUGCUUCAUUUACGCAUAAAGGCGGUACCCCAUAAGGGGCGUGGUUCGAAUGCCGAUCCCAUGGAUAAAAUGGUCAAGGAGCUGUGUGCCGGUAAAAUGGAUAACUUGCGAAACGGUGAAUACUGUUGCCAUUGCGACAAUCCCACGAAAGCCACCAAAGCCUUCUACAAGAAAAACAAUUGCAAGUCCUUGAUUGAUUUCUGGCAUGACAGUGAAUUCCUUUAUAUGCCCAAUUGUCGAUGCCGCGGCACUGCGGAUUGCCAAUGCUUCAUGGCCGAGUGUGAGGCAGAAGUGUGGCAACCGGAACAACCUCCCGAGUGCCUAUGUUGA